AUGACAGAGGUGGUGGAGGGGGGUGAGGGGUACAAGGGAGGUCAAGGGGUGGGGGGGUACGGGAGGGUGUUAAGGGGUGGGGGGUGGGAGGAGGCGAUUGAGGGGGUGGGGGGUGGGGGAGGGGGGGUGGAGGGGGGAUUGAGUGGGGUGUGGUGGUGGGGUGGGUGGAUAGAGGGGAUUAGGGGGGGGGGUUGUUGGGUUGGGGGGGGGUGGGGUGUGGGGGGGGGGGGGGAGGGGAGGACAUAG